CCGUUGUUGUCCAAAAACUAUUAGAAACACAUCAAUGAGCCACAUGUCUGAAAGUGUGUAGAUGUAACAGAACUGGACCAAGAAUUGAAAGAGAUCCUGUUGCUUUUACUGAUGUUGUUGUGUUUCUGCUCUCAGAUCGACAGAGGAAUGGUGAUCUACGUCUGCUUCUUUAAAGGAGCGACAGACGACAUACUGCCCAAGAUGGUGUCCACACUGUUGAACCUGCGGCUGUGUGAGUCCGACUCGGGGAAGAUGGUUUCGGUGUUGGAGCUUCCCGGCAGCCUGCUGAUCGUCCCUCAGGCCACGCUGGGCGGGAAGGCCAAAGGCAAGGCCAUGCAGUACCACAACAACAUCGGCAAAGAGGACGGACUGCGGCUCUACAGCGCCUUCGUCUCUCUGUGCGAGAAGGAGAUGACGGCAGCCGCCGCUUCAGCCGGGACCGGAGCCGAGGUGACGGUGAAACACGGGACGUAUGGAAACAGACAAGUGCUGAAGCUCGACACCAACGGACCUUACACACAUCUGAUGGAGUUCUGAGACGUGAAGCUUUGAAUUUGUGUCACACAUCAGCCUUGUUCCUGGAAGACAGUUUGACAUGUCACAUUAGGAAAAGCACAGGUGUAAAUAAUUAAAAAAACAAUAUCAAAAUGAUAUAAAAUGUCAUUACUGGAAUACUUGAAUAGAACAAAGCCAUCGUUAAUGUUAUUAGUAACACCUGCAUUUUUCCUACUAUGAUAAAAUGUAAUUAGAAUAAGUGAAAACAACUGUGUGUGUGUGGCAGAAUCUUUAAUAAUGUCUAAAUAUCUACCAUCAGUCUCUGGAGAUUAUAUAUCUGUUGGAUCCAUUUGUAAUUAAAAACUGUAUUUUGUAAGUUUGAAA